GAAAUCAUCGUCCCACUGAAGCUGGGAGUGAUGAGACUGAACAUUGUUAGAUACGACGAUGGGCUAAUGGUCGGCUAUGAGCUGCGGGUCGGUCUGCGGGGAAGCUCUAGCGCCGUCUUGCUCACUCCAGAAGCUCUUGCACUUCCAAUGCUGGCCAUACACGACCGUGAUCAUGAUGAACAAAGUACGCCCCGUCGCUCGCUCGAUUUUACGCCCGAACUUGCCGAGGCCAAAAGCACAGUCGUGUCUCUGUCAGCGCCCAGCUCGUGCUCUUACAACGACAACGAAGCCGCGCCACGCCUCGGUAGCAGCGAGCCAGACUGUAAACCACAAUGAUCAUACCGACAAUCAGUCGGUCACUGCCAUGGGACUGACUACUUCCGGUUCUCGCCUCAAAAUCCGUAAAUACCCGACCUUUUCCUCGCUCGAGGAAGAACGCGUGUACCGGAAGCAGCAUCUUGCGGCAGCUUAUCGUGUCUUUGCGAUGCGUGGAUUCGACGAGGGUGUUGCCGGACACAUCUCUGUGCGCGAUCCAAUUCUUGAGGACCACUUCUGGCUGAAUCCGUUGUCAACACAUUUCUCCCAGAUCAAGGUGUCAGAUUUGAUCUUAGUGAAUGAGCAGGGCCAGGUAGUGGAGGGAGAGCAGCCGAUCAAUGCUGCAGCCUUUGCCAUUCACAGUGCAGUGCACAGGCGACGACCCGACGUGCACGCAGCGUGCCAUGCGCACAGCGUAUACGGAAAGGCAUGGAGUGCGUUCGGGCGAGAGCUCGAUAUGUACACACAAGACUCGCUUAGGUUCUUCAAAAGCCAUGGUGUCUACAAGCAGUUCGGCGGCGUAGUAUUGGAGGGCGAUGAAGGCGACAGAAUCGCAGAUGCGCUCGGCAAUGGCAAAGCGGCUAUCUUGCAGAAUCACGGGAUUCUGACAGUCGGACAGAGUGUCGAUGAAGCAGCAUUCUGGUUUUUGAGCCUGGACAAGACGUGCCAGGCACAAUUGCUCAUUGAUGCCGCAUCUGCUGGUAACGGUCACAAGCCGAAGGUUAUUCCCGAGAUAGAAGCAGCAGAAAGCUACAAGCAAGUAGGUACGCCGGAGAAAGGAUGGCUUGCGUUUCAGGGGUACUACGAUGAGGUUCUCGCCAAAACGGGAGGUGACUUCCUUAAUUGAGCAGUGAGCCAACACUUUUUACUACAUCUUCGCUGAAUUCAUCUUGAUCUUUUGAUCAUCUCAUUGUG